CCGUCAUAAUCAUAAUGUUUACGUACAUGUGCCACACUCCCAAUAUCACCUUUUCUGUUCUUAAUGAAACCCAAGUAUUUCUCAGGUAACGUCAAUGGCUCCUCCGUGCAGACUCAGUCCUUAUACCCCGGCGUAGUGACCCGUUAUGUUCGUAUCCAGCCAUGGGCCUGGGAAGGGCAGAUUGCUAUCAGACUAGAACUCGUCGGUGUUGGACCAAUAGCAGCGUGGGAUGACGUAAUCAAGAGCAACUGCAUCUUUGAUAUCGAUCUUUGUGGCUGGCAACAAGCCUUGGAUGACGAUUCUGAUUGGUUACACCAGGAAUCACGUGUGCCCUCACACGACUCCUCUCCUGCGCAUGAUCAUAUGGAUUCAUAUGGCGCCUACGUCGUUAUGUCAUCUAACUCUUCAAUCAACCAAACGGCUAGACUACAGAGUCCACCGAUUAAAAGUCAGGAAGGUUCAAACUCAAGUUGUCUUCAAUUCUGGACGUACGUGAAUGGGGAUAGUGUUGGGAACCUCCGUGUUUAUGUUUCUAACAACACGAACGUCUUGACAUCAGAGCAUUUAGUGUUUGCUAGAUCAGGCAAUCAAGGUGAUCGUUGGAUCGCUGCUGAGGGAUUAGAUCAAUAGAAUGUGAUUUCGAUGUCACUGACUGUGGAUGGUAUCAAGAGGAUUCAGAUGACACAGAUUGGAUGUUCAUAUCAGGAAGCCCUCCUACCAGCUCCAAGAUGCCUCAACACGAUCACUCUAUGUCACGUGAUGGAAGGUACCUGUACAUUCUAGGAGCGGGGAAUGAUGAAUUUCACGAAGCUCGAAUAGCAAGCCCUGCCAUAACGAUAGACGACUCUCCGGACAAAAUCUGCUUCAGUUUCUGGUAUUACGCCCUCAGCGAUGGAACCAGUGAAUUGAGUGUGGAGUUUGUGGAAGACGGGCCUGUCCCAAGUGUUGCUCUCAUAGAAAAGAUAACUAUUGUAUACAACGAUGAGAGAGUUUGGCGACAGUCAAGGAUCACCGUCUACUAUCCGCCUCCUACUCCAUUUCACAUGGUCAUAGUAGGCAAGGUCAAAGGUCAUCAUAUCUUAGCUAUUGAUGACAGCGCCCUCUAUUAUGGUCAAUGUUUGGAUGACCCGUCAUCGCUUCCUCAAUCUGGAUACAUCGAUGGCUAUGAAACAUUACCAGUGUCAUGCGCUGUCUGGAAGCGACGCGGCAAGACAUCUGAUGGUUAUUAUACGAUAGAUCCUGACGGUCCAGGGAAUGGCGUUCAUCCGUUUAGAGUGUACUGCGACAUGACAACUGAUGACCAAACAGGUAUAAUGGUGUUCACCCAUAAUUUGAAUCCCGAAUCGGAGGUCACUGAUUACGAACUUCCAUACAGCUACCCAUUCAUUGUGACGUAUGAGAAAGCGUCGUUAUCACAGAUAGCUGCUGCAGCUGACAUCAGUGGAGAAUGCACGCAAUAUAUCAAGCUUGGGUGUACGGAAGUUGCACUGACUGGCUAUGCAGCAUGGUAUGACAGACAUGGUGAUCAAAUGGACUACUGGGGAGGAGCCCCGGAAAACAGCAGCUCGUGUGCCUGUGGGAUCCAGGGUUCUUGCGCAAUCAACACUUUCCCCUGUAAUUGUGAUGGUAAACUCAAGUAUUUCCCUUUGGAGGACAGUGGUAAUAUUACCCAGAAGUCAUCAUUACCAGUCAGUGAAAUACGCGUCGGGGACACGGGAGGUAGUUUUGAAACAGCUGACGUCACACUGGGCCCACUGUACUGCAAAGGCGAAGACCCACAAUCCAUCGUAAUGGAUCAGUUUGAAUUCACUAUCCUGACCAAUACAAGAACUCCUGGACCUGUCAUCGCAGAGCUCGUUACAGAAAGCGCUCAGUUGUGUGCUGAGGCAUGCAUUGCUCAGGAUUCCUGCCAAUCACUCUCAUACAAUAAAGACAAUGGUACGUGUAUGCUAAAGGAACGUGGAAACCCGAUGACGUCACGGAUUAGAGACGCCGCCUGGAAUGAAUACCUGCGAAUAUGGCCCGCCGGUGACAGGUCAGUCAACUGUGAUUUCGGAAAAGAUGGAUGUGGCUGGAUUCAAGACCCAUCCGACGACGCUGACUGGAUAAUAUCAGAUGGUACUCAAGGUACCGUGAGAAGGACUGGCCCUCUUCGUGACCACGGUGACACAUCAGGCCGCCAUUACUCUGGUAUCAGAUCAGUUCGGCUCGUUGACGGACGAACACCGCACGAAGGACGAGUCGAGAUAUUCUACAAGGGCCAAUGGGCGUCCGUCUGUGGCAUCACGUGGUCUCUUCCACAGGGCAAUAUUUUGUGCCAAUCCCUGGGAUUCGGUGACGCGCGUCACGUGACGGCCAAUACAUCGUACGUUCAAGGGUCGGGUGAGGUGGUGGUUGAUCUCCAGUGUAAUGGUGGCGAGGGUGAUAUCAGGGAAUGUCCUAUGCGCGAUAUAGGUCACACUGCCUGCCCACACACAGACGAAGCUGGUGUAGUAUGUUCCCCAGGAGUGAGAUUGACCGGGGGUGUCACUCCUAGAGAAGGCACGGUUGAGUUACUAUACAACGGUUCCUGGGGUUCGAUUUGCCACAACAACUGGGACAUCGACGAUGCCAAUGUCAUAUGCCGAGGCUUAGGAUACGACAGCGCCCUCAACGCUGUUGGGUCAGCAUUCUACAUUGAAGGAUCUGGUGAGAUUCUCAUAGAUGAUGUGUCUUGUGCAGGGUAUGAAGAGAGUGUCUUUGACUGCGGACAUUCACCGAUCGGAGAAACAACAUGUGACCACGAUAAAGAUGCUGGUGUUUUUUGUUCGUACGAAGAUGAUUCAGAGUUCUAUCCUCUCAAAGGAUCGUUUCUUUACAUCGACUCCAGUGAACAACUCUCUACAGCAAAUAUCACCCGACUGCAAAGUCCAAUUAUACAAAUACCCGUCGCAGAGGGCGCUUUAUGCUUCAGGUUUUGGUAUUACAUGUUUGGUGAAGAUGUCCAAUCGUUGAGAGUGUAUGUCAAUGAUGUUGAGGAUGGUGUUGCUAGUGGAGAGAUAGCUUUAGAAAUAAGUGGUAACCAUGGUGAGCAAUGGAUUAUGGACCAGUUUGACAUCGUUGGAAAUGAUACAGCUCCGUUCACUUUAACAAUCGAGGCUGUUACAGGUGUUGGUGUUAAUGGUGACAUAGCAAUCGAUGAUAUUGAAGUACUCGCCGGAAGUUGUCCAUACGAACCGAUGUCUUGUGACUUCGAAGAGAGUUUCAUCUGUGCUUUCAUCCAAGAUGAAGAAGAUGAUGCUGAUUGGAGGAGGGGAAAAGGUGACGUCAUACAGAACGAAGAAAAACCUCCAUAUGACAAGACCUUCUAUGAUAUACAUGGAUACUACAUGUACUUCAAUUCCAAUGAGACGGUGCAAGGGUCAACCGCUCUUUUGUGGACCCCACCCUAUACAUUCCCCGGUCAACAUUGCCUCUCAUUCUAUUACUUUAUGCACGGAAGUGAGAUCGGCAGUCUGCAAGUUUACACUAUUGAGUCAGGGGGGACAAUUAGUGGUAGGUCCCCUGUGUGGGAUCGUAUUGGUCCGCAAGGGUUUGAGUGGAAAAAGGCUGCAACUACAAUUGUGGCUGACUCGAAUUUUCAGGUUGUUUUUGAAGCAACAAAUGGAGGACCCACAUAUUCCUAUAUCGCCAUUGAUGACGUCACCAUUUCAAAAGGCCCCUGUGCACGGUCACUGCAAGAUGGAACGAGCACCCAAAAUACCGGAUGCAGGAAGGCCAUCGGCUCUCGGUUAGGAGUAGAAGAUGGCCGAAUACCCGAUUCGGCUUUCAGCGCUUCUUCGGACAAUGGCAUAAAUGAACCACACAUGGCAAGGCUUAACAGCUACGACACCAGCGGUGGUUGGAUACCAGCUGACGGAGAACAAAGUAGCUGGAUUGAGGCUAAUGUUGGUCUACGACGUUGGUUGACGGGCGCCCUCACACAAGGUGUAUUACAGUUCUCUGAAUGGAGUACAUUGCUAUCGUUCUCUUAUGUCAACGAGAGCAACGAAAGAGCAUUCAUUGCUGAACAUGAGUGUAAUUUACCGGGAGGAAAGAUUUUUCGAACUAACUUUGACAGCAAUUCAAUAGUGACUACCAUAUUCCCCAAGCCAGUUCUCUCAGCAAUCAUUCGAAUCCACGUUGAGGGCAGCCAUUUAAAUAGCGCCCUCAGGUUUGAAAUACUAGGAAUGCAAGAUAUCGACUGUGAUGAUCUGUAUGUAAGUGGCCACACAGAGAGUGGCAUAUAUACUAUUAGACCAGCUGACGAUGGUCAGUCGUUGAGGGCGUACUGCGAUAUGGUUUCUGGUGAAGGCGGUUGGAUGAUCUUUCAGCGUCGAAUGAAUGGUACAACAUCUUUCUCCAAGACCUGGUCGGAUUAUGAGAAUGGGUUUGGCGCCCUGACCGGUGAACACUGGAUAGGACUCGAGAUUCUAACUAGGAUCUUAGCUCAAAGGUCCUAUGAACUUCGUAUUGAACUGGAGUACGCUAACGGGACCCUGUAUGUAGCCGACUACCCGGGUUUCUCGGUUAGUAAUCGCUCAACCGGAUAUCAGCUUCAUGUAGACGAGCUUGAAGGCAGCUCAGCUGACCCACUUGCCUACCACAAUGGAACAUCCUUCGUAACCCCUGAUCAGUUGCCUAGCAACGAGAUGCCUUCGUGUGAUGGACCACGCCCAUCUGGCGGAUGGUGGUACGUCGGGCAAUGCGAUGGUCGCGUGAAUCUGAACGGUUUGUAUCCAGGUAUGACUGCUGACGUCACACGUGAGAUGUAUUGGGAGGCUCCAGAUGACGGCUCCCCUUUGAUAUACACACAGAUGAAGAUCAAACCAAUAUCUUAAUGGCUGUAUGCCAAAUUUGCAUUGUAUAUCACCUGCAGAAUUCCUUUAGUCCUAUAAACGUGAUAAAUCGAUCUGUGUAGUUAUAUGUGUCUUAGCAAAAAAAAAAAGAAAGAAAAAAAAACACCACCAGCAUCUUAAUAUAGCGAUAAUAUUGAGACUUGUUAUAAAAGGCCGUGUAAAUUGCGCAUACAUUUUAAGUAACAUUAAGCAGUAAGGGCAAAAAUCAAACAUCCGGGUGAGUAGAGUCGCAUAUAUUCAUGAUUCCGAAGCUUCGUUAUUCCGAAGGUUGGUUAUUCCGAAGGUUCGUAUUUCCGAAGAUUC